AUGCCACAUCCAGGAAGACCGAAAGGUCGUAUGAACAAGAAAACUCAAGCUGCUCAAGCAAUGCAACAAGAAGCACUAGCUAGACAACAAGCAGCUCAGAUGCAAGCAGUACAAGCAAAUCGAGCGGCGCAACACCACCAGUCACAUGGCAGACAUGACCCCACUACAAUAAAAGAAGAAGCAGGUAUUCAACUCCAUGAUGAAGCUGAUUUAAUAACGUAUCGAAACGAUGCCCUAAUACGAUACAUGUCAAAUCAUGAAUAUAUUGAGAAUGUUACUGCUAAACCCAUACAUAGUUCCAAGAUUGUUCCACCUUCAUUAUAUCCAACAUUACCGAAACGCAAGGUUGAGGAUUAUCCUAAUGUUAAUCCCGAAGAGAUAUAUUAUGGUGAUUUACAAUAUAUGAAAUAUUUCGAUGAACAAUUGUCCAAGAGUUUAAAGAUUAUGCAUCAGGAAGAUGAUCCUGGGUAUGUGAGAUAUUUAUUCAAUACGGAUAACUAUCCUUAUCGAAGAGCCAAAUUUGCUGAAUUGGAGAAGUUGCAACAAGAAUUGAAUGAUAAAGAAUCAGUGACAAGACUUGAAACGGAAUAUGAUACGAUACUUCGAGAAUGUAGAGAGAAGCACCAUCAGGAGUAUAGGUUUCAGUCAAGCACUAGGGUCUACUCUAUCCCAUUUAAGAAACUAGCUCCUGAAACUGAAGUACAAUGUGCACCUGAUGGUUAUGAUCCUAGAGAUUCUGACCCUGUGGUGCAACACCAGCCACCAAAGCAUCAACCACAGCAGAAGAUUAUUUCAAGUGUUGCAAAUAAUGAACAAGAUAAUGCACCACCUGUUGAUAACAAUGAUUUUAAUUCGAAUGAUAUGUUUCAAUUUGUCAAUGAUGAUAAUGAUAAUUUUGGCGGUAUUUCAUCAUCAAUCAUGAAUGGAAAUAAUGUUACCCUGAAUGCACAACAACAACCACAGCCACAAAUGCAACAACCAUUACAACAGCAACAACAACAGCAACAACGACAACAACAAGCAAGUGCUUUGAAACAGCAAGGUGAACAAAACCCAACCGCUCAAUUUAACCAAGAGUCCAUGACAACGGGGUCCAAUUCAAACAAUGAAAACAUACGACUGGAUACCAAUGGACUAACUACCGAUGAACAGCCUCCACAAUCGCAACAGUCACCGGAAGCUCAACAGAUGAAUCAAGCUGAUAAUGGUGAUGAUGAUGAUCAGCUUAAUAAUGCCAUGGUUGCUGAGAUUAAUGAUUUGUUCAAUGACAAUGAUCAUGAUAUGGAUCAUCUGGCUAUUGUUAAUGAUGAUAUUGGAGAUCUUUAUAAUUUUGACCAAGGUGAUAACGGUGAUUUAUUGGGUGGGUCGGAGUUUGAACAGGAUUUUUUGAGUCAGAUUGAUCAGAGCAUGGAUUAG